AUGAGUAUAAUUAAAUUAAUAAAUGAUAAUUCUAAUAUUAAAGAAUUAACAAAAAUAUUUAAUGAUUCAUUUGCAGAUUAUGUUUAUCCAUUAUCAGUUACAGAAUUAUCACUUCAACAAAAGAUUCAAGGUGAUAAUGUAUCGUUAGAUUAUUCGAUUGGUUUAUAUAAUAAAGAAACCAAUGAAUUGGAAGGAUUUAUUUUACAUGGUGUUGAUAAUUUAGAGAAUCCAAAAAGAUUAUAUAAUUCAGCAACGGGUGUAAUACCAAGUGCAAGAGGGAAAUCAGUCGAACGUUGUUAUAAUUCAAUGAUACCAUAUUAUAUUGAAAAAGGUAUUGAAAGUAUUAUAUUAGAAGUUGUAACAACCAAUAACCGUGCAUCAAAAGUUUAUGAAAGAUGUGGAUUUAAAAUAAUUAGUACAAUCAACUCUUAUAAAGGUUUAAUUAAUAAAGAUUUAUUAAAACCAUUUUUAUAUAAUCAUCAAAGUGGCGAUAGUGGUAGCGUUGAAGUUGACGAAGCCAUGAACAAUAAAAUCAAUAUUAAAAAAUUGGAUUGUAUAAAUGACGAUGUGGUUGAAUUUUUAUCAAGUCAAAAUAAAAACUACCCAAUGAUGAUACCAACUUGGUCAAAUUCAAUUAAAGCAAUUAAAAGAGAAUUUGAUUUAGGUUUUAAUAAAUGUUGGAUUGCAACCACAACAGAGAAUGAUAAAGUGAAUAUUAUUGGAUUUUUAUCAGUCAAUGAUCAAACUUUUAGAAUUAGACAAUUAUUUGUAUCACCUGAUUACAGAAAUAAAAAUGUAGCAACCAAUUUAAUUCAUACAAUGGCAUUAGAGUUUAAUGAAAGUACAACAUUUAAUUUUGGUAUUGAUUCAAAAUUUGAUAAUACUAUUAAUUUCUUUACAAAAAGAUUAGGUUUCGCUUAUCUUUUAUCAGUUUAUGAAAUGUUAUUAAAUUUUGAAAAUAAAUAA